CCCCCGUAUUUCCCAUUGAUGAGAUCAGCUGUGAUGAUCAGCAUUUAGACCUAGUAGCACUGUUAGUAUCUUUCCCUUAUUUGAGGUGAUUUAAUGCUUAUAUUACGUUUUUAAGAAGUUUAACUCUCAUUAUUCAACAUUAAGAUAACAUAUAAUUGUCGCUAAAACGUGCAAUGGAGGUGUUUAUGUUCUAAAAAUAGAUAAAAAUUGUGAAUUGUUAAAUAAAUAACAGCUGAAAAUCUUGCAUACCAGUAUGCAUCAGAUAUGACAAGCUGUUUAUUGACAAGCGAUUUAUGAAGAAAGUACCAUAUACUUGUCAAGGAACUGAUUCACUAAAAAGAUGCUGUGUCGUGAUGGAAUUAUCAGUUUGUUCUGCUUUAUCACAGCAAAUUUAAUUUCAUUUCUACCUGAAUUACUAUUCAGAUUAGGAUUCAAUGUUCACAGCGAAUAUUUUACAAACGUUUGGAUCCUACAUGCAUUGCAGUAUAUUUUUAUUAAUAUACUUGCAUUUUUGGCAUUUCGUGGGUUUGCUUACCAAGUGGCAAUCAGGGCAUUGUUUCUUGGAUACAUAUUUGGAAUUGGUAUAUUAGUAUCAAUUAAUGCGCCACCAUCAUGGCAGAUGUUUGGCGUUUAUACAGCAAUAUUAGCAAGUUUUCAUUACACAGAAUUUUUAGCUAUAGCAUGGACAAAUCCAGCAACAUUGUCAAUCGACAGUUUUAUUCUAAAUCAUAGCAUAGCAUAUGGUGUAGCAGCGUGUCUCAGCUGGAUAGAAUUUUUUCUAGAAAGAUAUUACUUGCAUUCGAUGAAAUCCCCUAGAUUUAUAUCUUAUUUUGGUAUAAUAUUAUGCAUUUUGGGCGAAAUAUUGAGAAAACUAGCAAUGUUUACUGCAAAGCACAAUUUUAACCAUGUUGUGCAAAGUGAAAAAAGUGACAAUCAUGAACUUGUUACACAUGGUGUAUAUAAUCUAUUCAGACAUCCUAGUUAUGUAGGAUGGUUUUACUGGUCUUUAGGGACACAGUUAAUACUUCAAAAUCCAUUCUGCUUCUUUGCAUAUGCAUUUAUGUCAUGGAGAUUUUUUCGCGAUCGUGUUCUGAUUGAAGAAAUAACUUUGUUAAAUUUCUUUGGCGAAGACUAUGUUGAAUAUCAAGAAAAAGUACGCACUGGACUUCCAUUUAUUUCUGGAUAUAAAAUUAAUUCAUAGCAUCCAACAAUGGUAUAACAUGGUAUACAUUUUAUAAAUGUAUUAUAAGUAAAACAAAAACGUUUUAUAUGUUUGUACAAAUUAAUUUACUUAUAAUUAUUAAUUACAAAAUUAAGGAAUACUCACCAGUUGUUGUACCCUAACCAAGUACGCUUUCAGCUGUACCUGUAAAAAUUAAUACAUAUUUAAUUUAUUAUAAGUUAUACAUUUUAUAUUGAUUGAAACUAUGAUAACUAUAUAGAAUAAAU